CAAAAAAAUCAAAAGAAAAAAAAAAAAAAAGGAAGCAGAAAAUGGCAGCGAAUUGCAAGUUUUCGGUGGGCGUUUUUGCCGCAUUUGCUCUGGUUUUCGCGAUCUUCAUGCCUGCUGUUCAAGGCCAGGGCCACGGCGCUUUCGCCCCUGCUCCUGCCCCAACCAGCGACGGGACGGCGAUUGAUCAAGGCAUUGCAUACGGGCUGAUGCUGUUAGCUUUGGUCCUCACAUAUAUCAUCCACACCUUCGACGCCCCGUUCAGUAUCUGAAUCCCAGCGGCUGUGGGUUAGUUGAUUUUUUGGUGUUUAGGUUUUGUGGAUUUUGAUUGAUUGACUGCAUUAUGAGUUAUGAAUCAUGUUCAAUGUGGAGACAAGAGUUUCUGACUUGUUGUAUUCUUCCCAGUACAAGAUUUUAAUUAAUUUGUCGAUCUUAUCUA